GCCAGUAAUCACAAUGGGACUCCAUAGUGUAGUGAGCGUGCUGGCGCUGGCGGCGGUCGCCUUCGCCUCGGUAAACGAUAACACCCUAGGAGGGGGGGAGCGAGUGGUUCUCGUCGCUCCAGUUUUAGCUCCUCCUAGGGAAUCAAAGACUCACGUCACUGACCGCGCUCGGCAGUUUCCGAUUCUAGUGCUUCUUGCUCAGCAAAAUCCGCAACCCCAACCCAAAGCUUUGAAUGUAAAUCCUCAACCUAUUUAUGUUCAGAAACUGGAAGAUCAAGAAAGACCAGCUCAUUUGAACAGACAAAAGCGCCAUUUGAAACACUUAUUAGGUCUUGGGUUAGGAGGAGGGCAUAGCCACAGUAUUAGUUUUGGUGGAGGAUAUGGGGGAGGAUACGGGGGAGGUUAUGGAGGAGGUUAUGGUGGUGGCUACGGCGGUGGUGGUGACUAUCACCUUGGCGGUGGUUAUCAAGAACCGACAAAAACCAUCAUUGUAAAAGUCGUCAAAGAAGAGAGUCGCGGACAUAACUAUGGCCACGGCUACCAGGGCAACUAUGGCAAUAGUGGCGGAUGGGGAGGUGGUGGCGGAGGCGGCGGUGGAUACGGCGGAGGUGCUGGUUGGGGCGGCGGCGGCGGAGGCGGCGGUGGUGGUGGCGGCGGAGGCGGUUAUAAUGGAGGUGGUGGCUGGGGCGGUGGCGGCGGCGGUGGUGGCUAUGGCGGUGGCAGCCCUGGCUAUAGUGGGCAUGGAGGAUACAGUGGCAACCAAGGGGGCUAUGGACACGGAGGCUGCGGUGGUGGCUGCGGUGGUAACUACGGUGGUAGUUCAGCAACAGCCACAGCGACAGCUACAGCUCACGCUAGUUCGUACAAAAAACGCUGAUAGAUGAUAUCACUGGCCUAUAAAAACUCCAUGAAGACACGAAAAUAAACAAUUUUACUUUUAAUGACUUACAUACUACUUAAAUACUGAUAAUUUAUCAAGCUUAAUAUACCUUGUAAUAUCUACUUGAAACUAAACCAAUGUAAACAUACAUAUGUUUACUGCAUUUUAACGUGAUUUUCCAAAUUAUUAAUUCCCUGAAUUUCAACUAGCACUAAAAUAAUAAUGGAUAUUUUUAUUACUUCCAUGAUAUACCUAUGAGUACAAAAAGAAAUUAUCUAAUUGUAGGUACUAUAAAUAUUGUAAAAAUAUAGGUAGUGUGCUGUAUUCAACCAAUACACUCAUAAUUUGUAAAACACCGUACUUUCCCACUUACAAAUGUGUAUAUAAUUUUGAUUCUAAUUAAUAGUACAAAGAGAAUUAAAUAAUGAAGGUAUAAUUGGACUAAUCUCUCAUAUAAAUUAAUUGCAAAGUAUUUCACGUCUGUAAGUGCAUGUAUACAUAGGUGUUUUAAAUAUAUAUGGGUACGAGCAAAUCAUUAUAUUGUAAGAUCAAGUGUUGUAAUGAUGUCUCUUAUCUUUUCGUGCGAGAAUGGAAACAAAAUUAUUAACUUAAUUUCAUCGUCAAACUGGGUAUGCACUUAGAAGCUGCUCUAGAAUAUGUUUUAUGAGAGACGACGAACGAGAUUACGAACCUAGUUUGAGGUAGUCAUAGAUUUAGUUUUCAAACAUUUGCUGUAUGUCAUUUGUAAGGAAAUAACUAAGUAUGAUCUUGUGAUUAAAUAAAGUAUUUUUUUU